CCCCCUCCCCUUCAAAGCAAAUACGCGAAAGCGUCAGCACUACGCUCGUUCGGGACACGUGUCCUUUGACGAACGCAGCUUUAAACUUACCACCUUAGCCGUGGAAAGCUUUGGUCACCUUGGAGAGGAGGGUUACGAGUUCAUCGAUUAACUUGCGACACAUGCCGUGGGAGGAAGGGACGGAGGAACGAUGGCUCUGAAAGGAGUCUUCAAGGAACGACUUCUUCAGAUCGUUUCGGUGGCUACACAGGUGGCCAUAUCUCGGCGAGUGCAGAGGUACAAGCUCGCAUUGCGCGGGCGUCAAGACGCCGAAAACAGGCGAACAAGAUCGACCUCGGACCAGUCAACGCCAAUGAUAUGGGGAUGGAGUGUAGACGCAUCGUAGAACGCGUUUUCGUUUGAAGUUGGCGUCUUGUUUGAGAGUAGAUGUGACAGAUUUGCGUAGAAUAGGGUAAGAUGUUAUCAUGAACGGAGAUGAAAGGGCUUUUCCAACACGGAGAUGUAGCAUGGAUCAAAGCAUUAGUUGGAUUUCAGCUUUUACAAGAGGACAUCAACGCUGUAGUAUUUUAGCAAGCUUACGAACGCAUAUAGGAUACCAUGAGGAUUGUCAUUGGUUUUCUUUCAAGUCGAAGAGGAGAUAUUUUUACGAUGUAAGUGACAGUAGAAAUAAGUCCUGCAUAUGUUGUUCUACUUCGUAUUGGUUUAAUAUUCAUGUAGAGUAUAAGACAUUAAGUGAAAGUUUUCUGAGGUGGUCAAGCUGGGUGGGCAGCUGGAGGAGGUGCGCAUGCCGGGGGUUGGCCCGGCAGUGGAAUUGGAUACUAUUUUGAGACAAGGACGGGGAUUGAACCAAACCGAUUUCUUGCAGAGAGAGAGGGGAAGAAGCCCCAUUUGUGGUACGGCGUACACCAGCAGUAGGUGACGAGAGGAGUGCAGCAGCAGAGCAGCCGCCACAACCAUGUCCUUGCAGGGCAUAGCCAGUACCAGCAGUAGGAGCAGCUGGUGCCCAACAAACGCCCACGCCCUCCCGCUGCUCCCCCUCCCGAGCAGCAGCAGCACCGUAACUACUGUUGCUGCAGCACGUCCUUUCGACUACGGCAGGAAUGCCGUCUGGCCUCAGUCCCGAACCCCUGUCCCAUAGGGGUCACCUGUUCCCACGUGCAACAGUUGUGAACUCCUUGGGCACGUCGCUAUCAUCUGCAUGGCGCCAGCUCGCUAUUACAGAGAAUGAAGCUGCUGUGGAGAGAAAGGUCAUGUACAUCAUCAGUAUUGCAAGUUC